AUGGAGGAGGUGAUGGAGGAGGUGAUGGAGGAGAUGAUGGAGGAGGUGAUGGAGGAGGUGAUGGAGGAGGUAAUGGAGGAGGUAAUGGAGGAGGUAAUGGAGGAGGUAUUGGAGGAGGUGAUGGAGGAGGUGAUGGAGGAGGUGAUGGAGGAGGUAAUGGAGGAGGUAAUGGAGGAGGUGAUGGAGGAGGUGAUGGAGGAGGUGAUGGAGGAGGUGAUGGAGGAGGUGAUGGAGGAGGUGAUGGAGGAGAUGAUGGAGGAGGUGAUGGAGGAGGUAAUGGAGGAGGUGAUGGAGGAGGUGAUGGAGGAGGUGAUGGAGGAGGUAAUGGAGGAGGUAAUGGAGGAGGUGAUGGAGGAGGUGAUGGAGGAGGUGAUGGAGGAGGUGAUGGAGGAGGUGAUGGAGGAGGUGAUGGAGGAGGUAAUGGAGGAGGUAAUGGAGGAGGUAAUGGAGGAGGUUAUGGAGGAGGUGAUGGAGGAGGUGAUGGAGGAGGUGAUGGAGGAGGUGAUGGAGGAGGUGAUGGAGGAGGUGAUGGAGGAGGUAAUGGAGGAGGUAAUGGAGGAGGUAAUGGAGGAGGUAAUGGAGGAGGUAUUGGAGGAGGUAAUGGAGGAGGUAAUGGAGGAGGUGAUGGAGGAGGUGAUGGAGGAGGUGAUGGAGGAGGUGAUUGCGGUCUCUCUCUCUCUGCAACAGUCGUCCUGA